CAGCUACACGCGCCGUUCACGGAAAGUAAGUUUGUGAGCACGAGGCGGUUUCGUUCGUCGUGUGCGUGCAAAAAGAGAGAAUCGGGCGCGCGUGGGUGCGGGACGGUCUUGGCAGAGUUGGCCCUAACCCAUAUAACGUCGCAGCCAGAAUAGAGACCAGGCAGUCGAGCGAAUAGAAGGAUAGGAACGCAGACUGCACAAUCACGCAAGAGUUAUAGGGAAAUUCCAGCAUUCACAAUGGCAGGAGAGCAGCAACAGUUUUUUCUCAAAUGGAAUGACUUCCAAUCAAACAUGGUGUCAUCGUUCAAACAUCUGCGAGAUGAGAAAAGCUUCACGGAUGUGACAUUGGCUUGCGAUGGUCAGACUUGUAAAGCACAUAAAAUGGUCUUGUCCGCCUGUAGUCCUUACUUCAAAUCUUUAUUAGAGGAAAAUCCGUCCAAACAUCCAAUUAUAAUUCUAAAGGACGUUGCGUACAGUCAUCUACAAGCCAUCCUAGAAUUCAUGUAUGCAGGUGAAGUAAAUGUCUCGCAAGAUCAGCUACCAGCAUUUCUCAAAACAGCAGACCGGCUUAAAGUUAAAGGACUAGCUGAAGCUCCCGGUGCCAUUAAGAGAGAAGGUUAAAAAUACACACGUAAAAUAUGGUAUUUGAAAAGUGUGUGGACUGAAAAAAACUGUAAUAAUGUAAAGUGAUUGAG